AUUGAUGGCAUUCCGGUGUUCAGUUGUCCCAAUUCCUUUGUGUUAUGGUUCUAUCAAGGUUCAAGUGAAUGGCACACAGCAUCCGAGACAGGUGUCUCGUAGUGCUUGCCUUCUUUUUUCUGAUGGGAUUCUAUUGGACUGGAUUCUGGAGGUUGUAUUGAUGAAGGCCGGUUGAAUUGUUCUUUGCUCAAAAUGAUUUCUGCGAAUGUUCUGUUACCCCGUCUAUUUCUGUAUACUGCUUCGCUAACAUACUGUGGUGACCAGGCCAUCCUCCGUUCAUGCUGAAUCCUCGUCUACCGUGAGCGGACUGUGAAGUCCCAGAGUGGUAUGUUGAAUUUUGGAUGCUUUUGAUGUAGGAUGCUCCCAAUGAUGGAGACAGCGCAAGUGGUGACGAUGCACCGAUAUCACUGUCUCUUCAUUUUGACGGAGCGAGUGCUUGGGAUGCGAAUAGCACCAAAUGGCCUUUCGGGUCUGUUGCUUUCGACCCAAGGAUGGCUAACUAAGCCUCCUGUCUUUGUCUAACAGCGAAGCACCGCUGUGAUCGCUGCUGAUAACUUUUAGACACUGUCCGCUGCAGGGAUUGAGAAACAGACAUUUUGUGGUCAUAUGUUAUUGGCUAUGGUGAACAGAUACUUAUUUAACUGUGUUGCUCCUGCCUUUAGAUUGGAUCACGGCGCCUGCUUUGCAUAUGAUCCGGCAUUUUCAGGCUUCGCCAUUUGGAUAAAAUCACCGAAUUUCAAAAGGCAAUUCCUUAUCUUCUGCUGCAGCUUAGGUCACAGGGUUGGUUGUUUACUCCUGGUGUCUUUCAAUCUGGAUUCAACAGAUGUUUUUGUUCGCAGGCGUUCCUUCUAUGGCCGAGAGCGCAGAAGAGCGACAGAGCGAACUGGAAGCCCUGAGUUCCAUCUACGAGCAUAACUUACACCUCAUAAGAGACAAUGGACUGCAAAAAUUCGAGGUUCAUCUCACUGGUCAUGGUGGUGGUUCCGAUGUUAGCACCGAAUGUACUAUCACUUUCGAAUACACAGAAGAAUAUCCGUCACAGGCACCACUGUAUGAAAUUUCCAAAUGCGUUAACCUCUCCGAACACGAGUGUGCACAAAUCGAGGAACUCAUUGAGUCGGCAAUCCAGCGCUGCCUAGGCUAUAUUAUGAUAUUUGAUGUCCUUUCAGAAGUCCAAGAGAAAAUCAACUCCAUCUGUGAAAAUCGGCUGGCAAUGCGCGUGAAAGCCGAAGAGGCAAGAGAGAAAGCUCGCGAACUGGAAGAGGAAGCUAAAUUUCGUGGCGAUCGCGUUACAGUGGAAUCAUUCUUGGAAUGGAAUGCCAAAUUUUUGGCUGAAAUGGCCGCGUUAAAAGAGAAGAACAAGGCAGCAGAUGAAACGGGACAAAAGCGCCUCACUGGCCGUGAAAUGUUUCUACGAGAUAAUCGAUACGACGAUUCUGAUCUUAAAUUUCUGGCUGAAAAUGGAGAACAAGUUGCUAUCGAUGAAAGUUUGUUCGCCGAUAUCGACCUAACAGAUGACUUAGUGCUGGAGGAUCCCACAGUUGUGACUUGACCUAUUUUGUCAAUAUUUCGUCAUUCUUUAAAUAUGCUGAUUGUUUUUGUGACCAGUUCCCCCUGUUCAAUGGUAUGGUAGCGACGCAUCGGUGUUGAGCACUGAUGUCAUCCUGUCGAUGAUGAUGUUUAAUCGUUUCUGACCAAGAGGAAGGGUGAUCGUUAUGCGUCUUUCUUGCUCGUUUU